AUUAUUGUGUUCAAGUAAGUUCUAAAUCCAUUGCACUGUAGCAAAUACAUAUUUAUAUAUGUUUUUGUCAAGAAUGAUCUUCUAUCAGUAUUGUGUUGAAAUACGCAAAGAUAACAAGUAUUUUGAAAAUUUAGUGAAGUGCAUAAGGUGUUCUAAAUCCUCUGCAUUGUAGCAAAUAAUUCAAAGCAAUAAAUAAAUAUGUCUACGCCAAUAAAUCAAAUAACUGCAGAACAGGUACGCGAAGUCCUUAACUGGAGAAUGGUGUGCGAAGCUGUAGAGGAAGCAAUGAAGUCAGUUGCCAAUUCACAGCCUGCUCAGAGUUCCGAUCACGACAAACCACACACAAAUCAACCCGCGCGCAGCAUAACAACUUGUGGUGACAAAAGCAAAAUUUUAUUUUCAAUGCCCGCAUAUGUGGGAAAUUAUAAACUGACCUCCGCCAGUGCUAAUCAGGAUUCCAAUACAGCAAUAUACAGCACAAUAGCUUGUAAACUGGUGACAUCGUUUAGUAAAAAUCCUGAACGCCAAAAUCCAUUACCAUGGAUGGCAAAUAUUCUCAUUUUCAAUACGGAAACAGGAAAAUUAGAUUGUGUAAUGGAUGGUACAGAUAUUACGACUUGGCGCACCGCAGCCGCGUCCUUAGUGGCAACUAAGUACUUGUAUUUUUCACGUUAUCCCGAAGGUGUUGCACGGCCAGUCAAAGUGGCUAUAAUUGGCACUGGUGUGCAAGGCGAAAGUCAUGCAUUAGGCAUGUGUAAUUAUUUCACAGUUAGUGAUAUUUACUUGUGGAAUCGUACACAUGCGAAAGCUGAGUCAUUGGCGAAAAAAUUGCAGUCAGAAAUACCAAACGUGAGUGUACAUGCCUGCACAACCGCAUCGGAAGCAGUUGCAGAUGCUGAUAUUGUUUGUGUGGGCACAUACUCCUCAACACCUUUAGUUACGCGAAAGAUGUUAAAGAAGCGUCAUGUGCAUAUAAAUACUGUUGGCGCUGGUCAAGUGCACUUUGGCGAAGUUGGGCCAGAUAUUUACGCGAAGGCAAAGGUAUAUAUUGACUCCUGGGAAAACGCAAAAACCGAGCUAAAAGGUUUAAAAGCUGAGAUUAUUGGAGAAGUUGGUGAAGUUAUAAAUACACAAAAAUAUCCACUUCAUGAUGAAAUAACCAUAUUUCAAUCGAUGGGUAUGGCUGCUGAAGAUGUAACGGUAGCUCAAUCUGUUUACAACGCGAUUCAGGCGAAGAAAUAAUAGUUAAAACGUUUUUUUUU